AUGGGUGCAUACAAGUAUAUGCAAGAGAUAUGGCGCAAGAAGCAGUCCGAGGCUAUGCGCUACAUUCUCCGCAUCCGGACAUGGCAGUACCGCCAACUCUCGGCCGUCCACAGAGUCAGCCGCCCGACCAGACCUGAAAAGGCUCGUCGUCUCGGAUACCGUGCCAAGCAAGGUAUUUCCAAUUAAUUAUUUCUUUUAUACAUUUAUGGCGUGCUCAUCGGCGCUCUAAAGUUGCUCUAAAAACCGUUUUCAGAAGAGUUUUCUUGCGUUUCAGACAGUUUUUUUUUUCGAUGAAUCACAAAAAUUUUAUUCAAUAGGCCGAUUUUUUUUUUAAAUGUGCAUGAUUAUCCUUGAUAAGAUCUUGGAGCAAUAAUCUCGCAUUAUUUGAAAUAUUAUUUGGAAAAGGCUCCUCACGAAUGCUUUCCACUUCUCAGAAAAAAAUUUUCAGAGACAAAACAAAGAGGGUUUGGUGCUUUCCAUUUUAGCAUCAUGUCGCUGGUCCUUUCUUUAGAUUUUUUUUUGUUUUUAUAAUAUUCAUUCUAGUGAACAGCUACAAUGUUCGAUGCUGGAAUGAACUAAUUUCAAAGCGGAAUACUCAUGCCUUGUGCAUCAUUAAUUUCUUAUGUCGUGUUCAAAGUAAUUUCCGCGAAAACAAAAUGAUCCUUGAUUUUCCAAAAUUUAGUUAUCCUUUUCUAUCUCUGACAGUUAUUCUAUAAUUUGCGGAUUCACUUUGAAUAAGGCAUUAAAAUUCAAAAUAUCAGGUUAGGUGCAAAAUCUAAUCUGUUUCAGCAGAGCUUUUUGAAUUUUUGAAUUCCUGACUUUGAAAUUUAUUUGUUCAAUCGAACGCAUAUUUUUUUAGGUUACGUUAUCUACCGUGUCCGUGUCCGCAGAGGUAACCGCAAGCGCCCAGUCACCAAGGGACAAACUUACGGAAAGCCCAAGACCCAUGGAGUUAACGAGCUCAAGAACGCCCGAACCAAGCAAGCUAUUGCUGAGGUAAAUUUUUUAAAAAGUUGUUUUUGUUUUUUUGAAAAUACUUAUAAAUGCUCUUCGGAGGCUUAUAUAUAUAUUUUUUUAUUCCCGGAGUUACAUUUUAAAAAAGGUUACUUCAACAUGUUUUUUUGUUGUUGUAGGUUUUCAAUGUAAACAGAUAUUUAAGCAAAUUAAAUUUUAUAUUUUUUCUCAGUUGGUUGAGAGAAUAAAUUGAGUUUCAGCCUUCUAGAUCGCUUAGAAUAUUCGAGAAAAAAAGUAGUAUUAAGAUAUAUUUUUCACAUUUAUUUGGAUUAUGAAAUGCCGUGUUCAGAGUGAUUUCGGUGAUUUUAAAAUUGAUUCUUUAUUUGUUCAAAAUCAUUUCGCGGAUUAGGGAAAUAAAAGUUCUGUGAUUACAAAAAAGAAAAGUUGAAUCUUAAAGCUAAAAUUUUUUUUUUACAGUGACUUUUAAGCGCACUCUUGAAAUUCAUUUUAAAAGUGCACAGAAAAUUUCAAAAUUGAGAUUUUUGCCCGUAAAAGUCACUCAAUUGGCGCACAUCGCGAUAUAUCAUUGCAGGGCAAAUUUUUUUCAAAAAAUAUAUUGAUAUCUGGUUCCGCCUAUUCCGCAAAAUCAUUUUAAACGAAAAGCGCGUCAGAUUUCAUUUAGCCGAAAUUGUUUUGAUCAGUGCAUAACUGUGUAGACUGCCACAGUGUCUGGGCAAGGUAGGCUUCACGUUGAAGCACUAACUUAAUCCACUGAUGGCUAGAUAAUAUUUGCAGAGGUAAUCCCUGUCGAUUCAUAGAUGAAUACUUCAGUUUCAUGACUUUGCAACAUGAUAAAGGGUGUAAAACUUCUAGGCUCGUGCUGGACGUCGCCUCGGAUCCCUUCGCGUUCUCAACUCGUACUGGGUUGGAGAAGACUCCACCUACAAGUUCUACGAGAUCAUCCUGAUCGAUCCCUUCCACAAGGCUAUCCGCCGCAACCCCGACACUCAAUGGAUCACCAAGCCAGUUCACAAGCACCGCGAACAGCGAGGACUUACUUCUGCUGGACGCAAAUCCCGAGGUCUUGGAAAAGGCUGGCGAUUCUCAGCCACUCGUGGAGGUUCCCAAGCCAAGAACUGGAAGAGGAAGAACACCAUCGUCUUCCACCGAAAGCGUUAA